GGCACUAGAGAAAUUUCCACGCACUUGAGCUAUACUGUUUCUUGUGUUCAUACUCAUCUGAACCCAACAGACUCUUGAGCGUGCAUCUUACCCUGCUGCCCAUGACCACGAGGGAGAGCCAUCUAAUUUCAGUUAGGAACAGACAGGAUGCUCUCUCGUGCAAUCUGCCUUGUCGUCAACGGCACAACAAAACAGAUAAGCAACAGCUUGUCUGGAUGAUAUUCUUGGUGUCCACUGCUCUCUUCAUCAACCAAUUGCUUCAGCCUCUCCCAUAUAAAUACAGGUACAGCCCCAAGGCUUCAGCACCAACAGCCUACAAUUCUUUUCCAUUACUACCAUACACAAGAAAACAUCACCAAACCUUCAGUCCUCAACAAUGGCUUGCCAUCUACGGUCGGCGAGCACGCCCUCCAGCCCUCGCUCCAGCAACACACAAGUCGAGCAGCAGCUCCAGAGCCUGAGCGCAACCGUCUCUUCGCCCUCAGCGACCAUCGAUACGAUGUGCCAUGGUUUGAGGAGGCUGGCAGAGAUCUACAGCUGCAUCGAGAACAUGAUGUGCACACCCAGCAGCCAAGCAAGUCUUUGCCACACCCUGCAAAGGGUGGCAGUGGAGGCAGAGCUCGGACGGUCCCUCGUCGUGCUCGACCUCUGCAACGCCAUGCAGGAGACCUUCAUGGAAUUGAAGAUGACUGUCCAAGAGCUCUUGUUGGCUCUCAAGAGAGGAGCUGACGCGUCUGCUCAAGUCAAGGCGUACGUCAGGCUAGCCAAGAAAGCACAAAAGCAGUUCAAGAAAAUCAGCAAGAAGACUGCUUCCGACAAGAACGAUUCCAGGGUGGUGAUGCUACUUGCAGAAGCGAGGGAGAUCACCAUUUCGCUACUCGAGUCCACAUCCUCGGUCUUGUCCAAGCAAUUUGAGAUGCCCAAGUGGUCUCUUGUCUCCAAAACAUUGCACAAGAGCAAAGCCGUCUGCGAAGAGGAGCAACUGCAGGCAUUGGAGCGCAGUAUCGGAGAUCUUGAGAGCGGAGUGGAGCUUCUGUACAGGAGAUUGAUCCAGAACAGAGUUUCUCUUCUCAACGCUCUUAGUUCAUAGAUACCCUGAGCUCUGGCUCCCUGCGGUUGGCAUCCACCUUUUAAAGGAUUAGUCAAUCAUCAUGAUAGCAAUUUUGGUAGCAUGUACACUUGUGGAUAUAUGCAGAAAGUUCACUUAAU